AUGCUUUGUGCUAUCUCUGGAGAGGCACCUCAAGUGCCCGUUGUCUCCCCCAAGAGCGGCAGUGUCUUCGAAAAGCGCCUCAUCGAGGCAUACGUUGCCGAACAUGGCAAGGAUCCCGUGAACGGCGAAGAACUCAGCACUGAGGACUUGAUCAACGUCAAGUCGCAGCGCGUCGUUCGCCCUCGACCUCCUACUCUCACAUCUAUCCCGUCGCUUCUCAGCGUGUUCCAGGAAGAAUGGGAUGCACUUGCUUUGGAAACAUACACUUUGCAACAGAACUUGGCACAGACAAGGCGCGAGCUGAGCUCGGCCCUCUACCAGCACGAUGCUGCAGUGCGAGUCAUUGCGCGCCUGACCCAGGAGAGAGAUGAGGCUCGUGAGGCACUUUCCAAUGUCUCUGUCGGUGCCGCCCGCGCGGGUGGCGAUGCUAUGCAGGUGGACUCUACAGGCUUGCCCCAGGCAGUGCUGGAGCGGAUUGAAAGCACACAAGCAGCACUUUCUAAGACCCGCCGCAAGCGCGCGGUUCCCGAGAACUGGGCCUCAAGUGAGGCAAUCUCUACAUUCAAGCCAACUGAGACCUCCGAUGCUCUAUACCCCGGUGCCCGUGCCCUCUCUGUCAACUCGAAUGGUGAGCUGGCUCUUGUUGGAGGUGUUGAUGGUGUGGUCGGUGUCUACUCCCUUGCUCAGAAGAGCGUGGUCCAGACGCUGCAGACAGAUGGACCUGUCACCGAUGCCAAGUGGGCAGGCGAGAAGGCUGUGGUUGGCUCAGCUACAGGCUCUGUUAAGGUCUUUGAGAAUGGCGCUGAGGUUGCAAGCUUCAAGGCCCACGCCGGAGAGGUCACUGCUGUGGCGGUCCACGCUACUGGUGAUAUUGUCGCCUCUGUUGGUGUUGACAAGAGCUAUGUCAUUUACGACCUUGCCACCAACACCGUUGCAUCCCAGAUUUUCACUGGAGCAGGUAAGAAUACAUCUUCCAUCGGACAGUUUGGAUCAAAUGCUAACGAGUUCCGUACAGCUCUAUUGUCCGUCAACUUCCACCCAGAUGGUCACUUGAUCGCGGCCGGUGGUGCCGAUGCACAGGUCAAGAUCUUCGAUGUCAAGACUGGCGCUGCUGCCGCGGACUACACAAUGUCAGGCCCCGUCAAAUCUUUGUUCUUCUCUGAGAAUGGUACUUUCUUGGCCGCCGUGGCCGACAAGUCUACCACUGUCUCCAUUUGGGAUCUCCGCAGCUCCAAGAAAAUCAAGGUGCUGGAGACAGGCAGCCAGAUCAACUCCAUCUUCUGGGACUACACUGGCCAAUUCCUUCUUACUGGUGGACCUGGUGGAGUGACCGUUCAGCAGUUCUCCAAGGCCGCGAAGACAUGGUCAGAGCCAUUGCGCAGCGCGGUGCCUGCUGCUUCUGUGGCUUGGGGAUCCGCUGCCCAGAGCAUUGUGGCUCUGAACGAGGCGGGCGCUGUCACAGUUCUGGCAGCACAGUCAUGA